AUGGUAAUAGUCCGGGCAUGGUGUGUGGGUGCGCUUAUCACCACGUUUGUACGGCUUCUGGUGAACACUGUGUUUCCUCCUCCUGCUGACACAGCUCUCAACGCCCUGAAGAGUCCGACCCGUUUUGGAGAGAGCACGAGCGGCUGGAAGAAGACGCGCGACUGUCGAGGGGGCGCCAGGAUCCGCCCUUUCCGUUCGGACUACAAUUUUGACUUCACCAUUGACUACACUAGCAAACUAGACGUGUGCAAUGAUGUCAUGCUCAGCUAG